CUUUUUUGACUAAUUCAUCUCUCUGAGCGUCAGAGGAUCCUUGAACAGGUCGUGAAGGUCGUGUUUAGAAGCCUGCUGUGCUGUCGACAUGACUGAAGCAACUCCGCUGCUGAGGAGAAGAUCUGCACCAUCUGACUCGCAGAUCAGGAACUCCAGACUGUACCUGGCCGUCUUCUCAGCCGUCCUGGGGAACUUCAAUGCCGGCUACUCUCUGGUCUACCCGUCCCCAGUGCUGCCCAAGCUCCAGAGCCCAGACGCCGACCCUCGGCUCAGGAUGGACACCGAGUCGGCCGGCUUGUUCGGCUCCAUCUACACGCUGGGAGCCGCGGCCGGAGGACUUGGAGCCAUGCUGCUCAACGACAAGGUCGGCCGGAAGAUGAACAUCAUGAUGUCGGCCGUGCCGUCGACCGUGGGGUACAUGCUGCUCGGAGGGGCCGUGAACCUGGCCAUGCUCUACGCCGGGCGCUUCCUGACGGGAGUUGCCGGGGGAAUGACUGCAGCAUCUAUUCCUGUUUACAUCUCAGAGAUCUCCCACAAAGGAGUGAGGGGAGCGCUGGGCUCCUGCCCUCAGAUCACCGCUGUGUUUGGGGCCCUGGCGCUCUAUUCGCUCAGCCUGGUGGUGGACUGGCGCUGGCUGGCGAUCGCUGGAGAGGUGCCGGCCGUGCUGAUGCUGGCGCUGCUCGUCUUCAUGCCGUCCUCCCCCAGGAGGCUCCUCUCCAUGGGCCAAGGCCAGAAAGCGGAGGCGGCCCUGCGCUGGCUGAGGGGAGGCCAGUACAACGUUCGCGCCGAGCUCAACGCCAUACAGCACAGCAUCGACACCCAGAGCAGAGUCACGCUGGCCCAACUGGCGACUCCCCUCUACUACAAACCCAUCAUGAUCUCCGUAGUGAUGCGGUUCCUGCAGCAGAUGACAGGCAUCACUCCCAUCCUGGUCUACCUGCAGCCCAUCUUCGCCAAGAGCCACGUGUCCCUGGCACCCAGGUACGACGCUGCCAUCGUGGGAGUCGUGCGACUCCUCUCCGUGGUGGUGGCGGCCAGUCUGAUGGACCGCGCCGGGCGCAAGGCCCUGCUCUACACGUCCAGCAUGCUGAUGUUCGCGGCCACCCUGACGCUCACCAUGAUCUCCCACCGCACGCCGUGCCCCGCGCCUCUCAACCUCACGGCCUUGGACGCGGGCGCGUUGGAGGCCGGACACCACAGCGCAGCCAGUCUGAUUCCUCUCAUCAGCACCGUGGUCUUCAUAUUCGGAUACGCCAUGGGGUGGGGCCCAAUCACGUGGCUGCUGAUGUCAGAGGUGCUGCCGCUGGUGGCGAGGGGCGUGGCCUCGGGGCUGUGCGUCACCGUCAGCUGGCUGACGGCCUUCAUGAUCACGUACGCGUACACACACCUGGCCGACGCCUACGGCCUGUACGCCCCCUACCUGGUCUUCAUGGUGGUGUGCGUGCUCUCGCUGCUCUUCAACGCCGUGUGCAUCCCCGAGACGCGCAACCGCUCGCUGGAGGAGAUAGAGAACUACUUCCGGACCGGGCGCACGUUCACCAUCAGGAGGGGUCAGUCGGUGCAGGGAAACAUGCCGCCCAAAAGCACCAGCUCCUGACAGGACCGGGUUUGGGUACUGUUCCAUUUCACUUUAUUGAGUGGAAUUCAUCACAGCGCUGCUUGUGUUGCCUCAUGUUCAGUCGGGGGAGCAGCACAUACAAAUAGAAACUAUCUUCAACAGAAAAAGGUUGGAUUUGAUCCAGACCCUUUUGCCAUUUUGCACCAAUAUCCUGUGGUAAACUCAGUGAGGCCGCUGACAUUGAUUUGUGUAUUUAGUCCUCGGCGUCGCCAACGCGCUGGCGGCUCAGCAGGACAGGUCGCAUGCCAGCGCUUGAGUCACAGCCAAGGAUUCCCAUCUGCGCCCAGGACAUUCCUGUCCUCCCAGCUUUCUCCUCCUCGUGUCCAUUAUGUCCCCGAGUACGAAUGUAUGUAAUGUUUACUGCGUUUAGUUACAGAGCAAAUAAACUGGAACAACUGUA